AAGUUGCAUUGCAGUUUUUCUCCCCCCUUUAUCACUGGGAGCUUUUCUUUCAGCACCACAACAUUGCACCUAGACUUUUUAAACGGCUGCCUUCCUCUUUGCACUGAAGACCAAUUUCGUCUGCACUUCCAGUUAUUGCUAUUACCUGUAGGACUUUCAAUCCUACUUCACCUCACCCACCCCACUCCUGAAACAGUUAAAUGUAUCUAUUUCUGUGAAAGUCAUUUUCUCACUGAAUGAUCAGAAACAAAGAUAAAUUCUAACCUGUAACGGCUCAUUUCGACUCAUUGCUUACAAUAGAUCUAAGCUCUUUUUUCUGCUUAUUCGACUCCUUCCAGCUUCCCAUCACAUCUGUAACAAACUUUUAAAAUGAUAUAGCCACACCACCAUGCACAAGCCUACCUGCACAGUAGAGAUAGAUUAUUCCAUCGCAUUCAGAUGGUUAACAGAGGUUAGCAAGUCCUGUAUUAUAUAUUUAUAUCGCUUUCUAAGAAAGUGCAUAUUAAUGUUUACUUUAAGAAUGUGUAAAUGGUGCUAUCAAGAAUCUGAUAAAUUUUAUCCCAGUUUUUUGUGUACCACUUCUAAUGUAUGAGAUUUAUUUUUUUAUUGGAAAAAAUAAACAGUAUGAAAGCAUUAAAUUGGUAGAUUUUAGUAAUUUAACAAUGAAUGGAAUCCCUAUGUUACAGGCCCUCUUUCUUUGGAAAUUUUAAUGGUGGUAAUAGAUUUCAACAAAGGUAUUGAUAAUUGCAUUUCUUUUAGUCCAUUAUUAUAUUGCAUUAAUUCAUAUGCUGAUUCCUCAUUGAGUCCUUAAGUAAUUUUUUUUUGCUGUAAGUCUUCUUUAAGAAGGGAAUUUUUGCUUUCCCAGGCAGCAAUUGAAAGAAUAUGAAAAUAUAAUUUAAUACUCUACAUCACCAACAUGAUUUGAGACUAGUUACUCUGUUAGUGGGAGAAAUUCAUCACUCAUUAAAUACAGGGCAAGCAUGGCUAUACAUAGUAAUUUUGAGUGCAAUACAGUCUUAUAAAUUUAAUGUACACACUUUAUUUAAAUGAUGCAAACAGCCAUAUGAAAUUGCACAUGAUUAGAAAACAGGAUGAACUCAUUUUGCCUCCUGCUUGGUUUCUCAUAAACAUGAAUACAUAAUAUUGUUAUGCACUGUUGUUCAUAGAUGUCUUUUUACAUAAAGGGUAAGUAUCAUAUUACUUUAACAGAUUAUUUUUUGAAUUCUGCAUGUUAUUUUUGUUUCAUCAGAUAUGUGCCCCGAUUAAAUAACAUUUUUUCAGAAAAUGAAAGUAUUAGAAAAUUUGUCAUGUUAACUUUGAAAAAAUUGAAGUAUAGUACAUAUUACUAGAUAGGAUGUCAUUCCACUGGUCUAUAUAAACAACAAAAAAAGCCACUGUUCUUGAAAAUUGAAGCAUUACCUUGUAUAAUUAAUAAAGUACAUCAAAUCAGAUUUGUAAAUAAAAUAUUGUUUAAAUCUAAAGUAUUCAAUAUUUUGAUUAGAUUAUUUUUUUAAGGAAAAAUAUUUAACGUGUAUGUGCCGAAUUUUUUUUUAAUAGUUUUUUAUAAUUGCAAUGGAAAGGCAAUUGUCUCAUUAUAAGUGGUACAGAAGCCAAUACUUGGGUUACCAUAGAUAUAUAAACAAGUAAAAACUGUGGAACAAGUUUUAAGCUCAUUUUGGAAAAAAACAGUUCUGUAGAAAUGCAUAUUUGUAUUUGUUUCUCUAAUAAAUCUGCAAAUAGCUUUAAA